CCCAAAGCUGUCAAGACUCAAGAGUAAGGCCUCGGGGGCCUGAGUGGCGGCCAGCCAAUCCCAAAGUAACCUCAAGCCAGUCAUAAUCCUUUCUUCGUUCGAGUUGCAGUCGCCAAGAUAUUCAUGUCAGCAUUUCCCUUUGCAUCGCAGCAGUUCCCAAUUUCAGAGCUGCGACGGAUCUUUUAAAGAGAACAAUUCCCCUCGGACUGUAUCUCACUAUCUUUCUCUCUAUUCAAACAACAUGGAUCAAUUGACUGAAUUCCUCGCUAAAAACCCUCAUAUCCGCCAUGUAACUCCUCAAUCACCGGAUUUUGAGGAGCUGCGAUUAGGAUUCCUCAUUAACGAGAGCAAUAUCCCCGCAAUCAUCAUCCGCCCGCGCUCAGCUGAAGAUGUAGCCGCGUUGAUACCUGUAUUGACUAAGAACAACUUACAGUUCGCCGUCAGAGUCGGCGGGCAUGAUAUGUUCGGCCGGUCUCAGGUCACAAACAAGGUGACUAUUGAUCUGCGAGAAAUCUCCCACGUCAAUGUCGAUGUCGAAUCCCAAACUGCACGACUGGGCGGUGGUGUUAUCUGUAUGGAUAUGCUGGAAGAGCUGCAGAAACACAAUGUGACCACGCCGUUUGGUGUUACUCCAUCCAUUGGCCAGGUUGGCUGGGCAACCUUUGGUGGUUAUGGUCCUCUCAGUUCCAAGUACGGGCUUGGUGUUGAUCAGAUCGUGGGUGCCAAGGUCGUGGAUGCAGAAGGGAAGAUUCGCGACGCCGAUGAACCCAUGCUGACGGGCAUUCGGGGCGGUGGAGGCUCAUUGGGAGUUAUUGUGGAGAUCACCGUCAAGAUUUACCCACAGGACCAGGUUUUGGCCGGUGCCAUCUUUUUCAAGUCGGAAGACAUGGCUGCUGUGGUCAAACAGUACAAUGCCGCUUAUAGUCAAGCAAAGGAGGAAGGUCUUCCUUCAUCGCUUCAUCUAUUCCAAGCGAUUCUGAACAGCCCAGUCGGCAAAACAUUCUCGCUUUUCUUCAUGUGGUCAUCGUCGGACCUGGAAGAAGGCCAGCGGUGGCUGUCGAAAGUCUCGUCGUGGUCACCGGUUGCAAUGAGCACUGUUCAGCCAUCGACACACAAAGAUUUUGGCGCGUUCGUAUGCUCGACGAUGCCGAAGCAUACAUAUGGGACGAUCUUCACGAUCAGCUUCUAUGAUUUAACUCCUGAAGUCUUGGAUGUGAUCGGAACUCACGCACAAAAGCAACCCGACAUUCCAGAACUUCUGUUUGGAGUUCAUGAACUUCGCCACGAUGCCCCAAGAGAGCCGAACCUUGAGACUGUCUUUGAUAAUCGCUGUGCACACUUUUUGAUUGAGGUCAUUCCAUUGGCCUCAAACUUGGAGACUCUUGCUGAAGGUAUCUCGUGGGGCGAAGAGUUCAUCAGCGCUCUGCGUAAAACUGAUGCCGGAAACAUCAUACCUUCGACCUAUAUAUCAUUGACCUCACCCAAGGAGGUUGACAUGGCCAAGAUCUAUGGAAGUCGCUAUGAGGUUCUGAAACGGAUUAAAAAACAAUACGAUCCACAGAAUGUUUUCAAUAAUACUUUGACGCGAUUCUAGAAGAAAUCUGCGACGAGACUGAAGCACUGGGAAAGUUUCAUAGUGAUAUCAGAUAACGAAAAUGAAACUUGACUUGUAACGACAAGAUUUC